GGGGGUUGAAGUGAAAUUAUUCGUUAUAAAUAACGUAGCAGAAAAACAGAAAUCUCUGAGAUCGAGUGUGAUCUACUGCUACCUCUCUUUAUUCUACAAGCUUUCCACUUUCUUCUCCCCAUUCCCCUCAUCUCCAUGGAUCCUUCAAAGUACCGUCCAUCAAGUAGCUUCAACACACCCUUCUGCACUACCAAUGGCGGAGCUCCGGUAUGGAACAACACCUGCGCACUCACCGUCGGCAGCAGAGGGCCAAUUCUGCUGGAAGAUUAUCACUUGGUGGAGAAAAUUCAAAACUUCACUCGUGAGAGGAUCCCAGAACGAGUAGUGCAUGCGAGGGGUGCAACUGCCAAGGGCUUCUUUGAGGUCACUCAUGACAUUACACACCUCACCUGCGCCGACUUCCUCCGUGCCCCCGGCGUUCAGACGCCUCUCAUCGUCCGCUUCUCCACCGUCAUCCAUGAACGUGGCAGCCCCGAGACCAUCAGAGAUCCCCGUGGCUUCGCCGUCAAGAUGUACACCCGUGAGGGAAACUUUGAUUUGGUGGGCAACAAUUUCCCGGUAUUCUUUAUCCGGGACGGAGCGCAGUUCCCGGACGUGAUCCACGCGUUCAAGCCAAACCCGAAAUCCCACAUCCAGGAGAACUGGAGAAUCCUGGAUUACUUAUCCCACCUCCCGGAGAGCCUGAACACAUUCGCAUGGUUCUACGACGACGUCGGUAUCCCCACCGACUACCGCCACAUGGAAGGCUUCGGCGUCCACACUUUCACCAUGAUCAACAAGGACGGCAAGGUCAACUACGUCAAAUUCCAUUGGAAACCCACCUGCGGCGUCAAGUGUCUGCUGGAAGAGGAGGCGAUUAGGAUCGGCGGCGAGAAUCACAGCCACGCCACCCAGGAUCUGUACGAGUCCAUCGCCGCCGGGAACUACCCGGAGUGGAAGCUUUUCAUCCAAGUGAUGGACCCGGAUCACGAGGACCGGUUCGAUUUCGACCCGCUGGACACGACCAAGAUCUGGCCGGAGGACCUGCUACCUCUGCAGCCGGUGGGGCGGAUGGUAUUGAACAAGAACAUCGACAACUUCUUCGCGGAGAACGAGAUGGUGGCCAUGGACCCGGCGCACAUUGUCCCCGGAAUAUAUUUCUCCGAUGAUAAGAUGCUCCAGGCUAGAAUCUUCGCCUACGCCGACACUCACCGCCACCGCCUCGGCCCCAACUAUAUGCUGCUUCCCGUUAAUGCCCCCAAGUGUGCUUAUCACAACAAUAGCUAUGAUGGUUACAUGAACUUUGUCCACAGGGAUGAAGAGGUUGAUUACUUUCCCUCGAAGUUUGAUAACACACGUAACGCUGAGAGGUUCCCAACUCCGUUACGUAUCGUGACGGGGCGACGUGAUAAGUGUGUUAUUGAGAAGGAGAACAACUUCAAGCAACCUGGAGAUAGAUACAGAUCCUGGGCUCCAGACAGGCAAGAUAGAUUCAUCAACCGAUGGGUCAAGUCCUUGUCGGAGCCCCGAGUCACCCAUGAAAUUCGCAGCACCUGGAUUUCAUACCUCACUCAGGCUGAUAGGUCUCUUGGACAAAAGGUAGCUUCCCGCCUGAACAUAAGACCAACUAUGUAAGAGAGGUGGAAGGCAGUAUAAAUUGCUUUUGAGUUGAAAUACAUGCACGUUGUACUAAACGGCACCGUUUAUUACUGUAAAUUUGAUGUUUACCGAUGUUGUAUUUUGGAUUUUACAAAAUACUAUGUUGUUAUAUAUCUGGUCCUAUAUGUGACGAUGCAAGUAAACUGGUACGAUGUAAGUAGACUGGGACAAUGUUCUAGCCUGAAUAAAUUAUCGUUAUUGUGUGGUCA